AUGAUCAAAACCAAGAAGUUUCCGAUUCCUUCACCUGUCAAAGUCAAUGCCAAAAAGAGAACCAAAACCGAUGAAUCCUCUCAACAAUAUUCACAAACUAGUGCUCGACCUGACUUUGGGUCUCUGCCAACCCCACCCACCUAUUCUUCUGAUAUCUUGUUUGAUGAUGUAAACAUUAAAAUCUCAAAUGUUCUACCUUCCCGUUCAAAAUUUCAGUUCCUUCAAGAUUCCUCGUCCAAAUGCAAAAUCAAAUUUCAUUUCCAAUCAUCUUUUGAAGACGUGGACCUAGGUGAUAGUGGAAACAAUGAUCGAGUAAAAGCACCUACAACUGGUGGUGCUAGUGGUGGUAAUCCGGAUGAUAAUGGUGAUGAAUCGAGCAAUUCAGGUGAAGGAUCCAAUUCCAAUACUGACUCCUCAGAUGAAAAUAUUGACGAUCCAUUUUCUCUGCUUGACAUACGAGAGAGGAUUGAACAUGUUGAUGCUAAAAUUGAUAUUUUUAAUGCUUAG